UUACAUCCUAGUCUUUAUUGUACUCAUGGCAUGACAGGUACCGAAACAAGGGGUAAUGUGUCCGUCAAUGCAUGAUACACCUAUCCGGUAUUGAUUCGUUUCGGAAGGCAAGACAGAUCGAGGGGUAGACACUCUACACCCUCCCCUGUCGUUCCUGUGAGGCGAUCGCCAUCUCCAAAACCAGCGGCUAUUAAAUCACGCCGAUCGUUAGUACGCCGACGUCCUCCCUUGACGUCUUCCAAUUCGCAUGGAGCCCUUCGACCAUCGGCUUCAUGUGGUUUCGUGAAAGAGAGGACUCCGCCACUUGAUGCUCGGCCAGCACAACAUGAUCCUGUGACCUCGCGGCUUCACCGCUUGCAGACACAGUCAACUCAAACUCUUCAGCAGCAGAAAGGGGAGAGUAUGGAUUCAUUGAGACAACGCAAGCACUCACCGUAUAGUGCUGCGCGACGCCCUGUCGUUGCAAAAUGCAAUUGUGAACCGAGUGAUCAAGUAGAGCCCCCUCUGACGACUAAAGCCGAAGUGUUGUAUCCGCACGCAAAGAAGAAGAAAGCAUUAUGCAUUGGCAUAAACUACAAAGGCCAGAACAGGGAGCUUCGCGGUUGUGUGAACGAUGCUUGGAACAUGUCGGAAUUUUUGAAAUCCUCCUGGAAUUAUGCGAACGAGGAUAUCAUGGUGCUCACAGAUGAGCCAUAUAAUCUGAAAUACAUGCCGACGAAACGGAACAUUCUCAACGCAUUACGGUGGUUAGUGAAAGACGCCCAGCCUGGAGAUAGCUUGUUCUUCCACUAUUCUGGACAUGGAGGACGAAUCGUGGACUUGGAUGGUCGUCGUGUGGAUGGUCACCGUGCGGAUGGAUUUGAAAAGGCUAUCCAUCCGGUUGACCGGGAGCGCGCUGGUGAGAUUGUCAUGGAGGACCUAUACCAUAUGAUGGUUAAACCCUUGCCGACUGGUUGCAGCCUUACGGCAUUGUUUGAUUCGUGUCAUUCUGGAACCGUCCUUGACUUGCCAUAUAUCGUCAGUCCGAAGAUUGGUCGCCUACAACGGGCGAACUCUCGAGGUCUUACAAAGUAUCCACACGCUUAUGUGGUUUUGUUUGCGAGUUGUAGCGACCUCCAAAAUAGCGGGGGCGUCAUCAUAAGGGGUGGAGAAUUUCACGGAGCCAUGUCCUCUGCCUUCAUCACAUCACUCACGGCCAACCCAAACCAAUCAUAUUUGCAGCUGUCGAGCUCGUAUUUGAUUGAUUCCAGUCACCAGUGCCUUUUAUAAAUUCGAUGCCGUGGUUGGUUUUCCAUCUACAAUUUGUACAUACAACACUUGCAGUAACACCUUGUCUAUACCUGUCCGACUAGGGACAUUGCGAAUCAAAUCCUAUUUAGAAUAGACGUAAUUGUUUGGUUGA